UAAUUUCCUCAUAUCCGCGAAUAUCGAACGUCCAACAUCAAACCAACUUUAAUCCAGUGAUUAACUGAAACUUCUAGACACUCUUGGGCAACACCGGAAAACUACAAUUCCCAGCUCUCUGUCAUGUCAUGAAGCACAUCCGGGUAACUCAAGCUUCUCCGCGCCUUUUCGCUUCAUGGAAUAUUUGACCCAAACCGACAGCGUUAAUCUUAUCAGUGUAAUGUUGUUUUGUAUGUAAUGGCAUUUGGAAAACAUACAUAUCAAGUUUAAGUCCACUCUGAGGAUAAAAUAACGCCUGAACAUGCUGCUGCCGUCGGAUGUAGCGAGACUUGUGCUAGGAUACCUGCAGCAGGAAGGACUGAGUGCUACAAGUCGAGCAUUUAUCCUGGAGAGUCCUAACCUGAGGGAGUAUGCUGAACACAGCUCUGAGGAUGGAGUUAUUCCUGCCUGUGUGUUUUCUCUUUUUGGAAAAAACCUGAACACAAUUCUCAACGAAUACGUUGCUGUAAAAGCGAAAGAAACAUGUCAAGAGAAUCAAAUACCAGUUGUAAUGACCUCGUUGUGGAAAAAGCUGGACUUCACUCUCAACCAAAUCAAAUCUAUGCAAAACUCUCCUACUGUUCAACAAAUCCAGCGGCUCCGCACCCAGAACAGCAUUCAGAAUAUGCGGCACCAGAGAGCCCUGUCCUCACCUCAGUCUCCUGCCACCGGGUGCCUAUCAGUGUCCACUCCAGGGAACUGUGUCCCCAGACCUGUCCCAGCUCCCCAGGGCAUCCUGGGACACUCCACGCCUGUGUGCUACACCUCCCAGCAGACCAGACCUUCAACAAUCAGCUUCUCUCAGCCAGAAGCACCUUUGCAAAUAAUAGUGCCUGACCAUAGAUUUACCCCAGGACCAUUAUCUCCAGCUCGCAGGAAAUGCGACUCUCCGAGGCGAAGAGGAGGUCAGUUUGGGAUUAGCAGAGGCGUUACAGUGACCAGCAUGCUCACUGUGGAAUCGCAGAGCCAGGAGGCUGUGACGGAGAAUUUAUCUCAAAUGGUGAUUGAGAAUGCCCGAGAAAAGAUUCUGAAUGACCGAUCUUUACAAGAAAAACUUGCAGAAAAUAUCAACAAAAUCCUGGCCAGCGAUAACAGCCCGCAGACAUCUAAGGCAGCGUGCAGUACAGUGGAGCAAGAACAGUCCAUAGAUGAAAUACUGGGCUUACAGGGAGAAAUUCAUAUGACUGAUGAUGCCAUCCAGGAUAUCCUUGAACAGACAGAGUCAGAUCCUGCCUUUCAGGCUCUCUUUGACCUUUUUGAUUAUGGAAAAAAUAAAACGGCUGAAGGUAGUGAGAAUGCUGAUAGAAGUAACAGUGCUCAGGAGAGUGAUGAGCCUGUUCAUAUGGACGAUGUUACAGAUACAGGGACCGGACAGGAAGAUUCCACAUCAGGUGGAGAAACCACUACAAGAAUACUAAGGAGUAGGAAUGUAAAAGAGGCAAAAAGUAAAAGGAAGACAGCCAUUCCUCUCAGCACACUAAAGCCAGUUCCAGCACCCUCUCAGUCAUGUGCAGUUACUAAAAAAACAGCAACUCCAAAAAGAACUACUCAAAACAAAAAAGGCAGAAGAGUCUUGGUCAGCAAAAAGCAGGCCAGAGGCACGAGCUCUAACUUGAAAGGGCAGCUGAACAACAAAGUUGAACAACAGUCUAAAUCAUCAUCUGAUCCAAAUGUAUCAAGCUCCUCUCUAUCUGAAGAGGGAGCAAGCAUGGAGGUGGAUGCUCCAACGUCUGAAAUGUCUUUGAACUGCAGUACUGAAGGGAGGCCACAACGAGAGUUUCAGGAGUUCUCUCAAACUUCAACAAGUAGUAAACAAGCUCCAGUUUCCAUGAAGCAAACAGAAAACACUCCCAAAGCGGGAGCAGACACAUCAGGGAAUAAAUUUGGAGUUGAGAAUGCAGGAAGAACACAACUACUUGCAAGAGCUCCUGAAGCUUCAGGACAGAGUGAGCUUUCGAUCCACAGAGCAAAUGAUACUUCCACAUCUAAGCAAGCAUCACACAGUAUUUGUGAUGCUAAUUUACUCAACACAGUAAUGCAGCAGGAGGAGUCAAGCUCCAAUACGAGCAAGACCAGUAGUCCAGGACCUAUUUCCUUUGAGCCAUUAGUUUCGGUUGUAUCUGGGUCUAUUGCCACCUCCUCCUCCUCCACAGUUAUCAAUCCUUCACAGUCUCAAACCAUUGAGUCUGACCCUAAUAAGAUAGUAGCUCUUAAGAUCAUUAUCAGUGAUGAGCAGGAGCAGCAGGGCAGCGACUCUGCUCUAAACCAAGCUGUCUCCAGCAUCAGUGGUGACAGUAUUCCCACAAUCUUCCUGUCCCCCCCAGCCAAAUCUCUGACUAAGGUACUGCCCUCUACCCCUGGCUCCUCCAUCACCCCAGAGGAGACAGCACAGGCAGUGAACAGCUUGCAGGGGGCCGAUUCUGCUGGAGACCCAGGCAUAAGUGUGCAGAACAAUUUGCAACCUGCACAGGCACGGCCCAUGGCACCGGAGACUGGUUUCAUCCAGCUGUUACCCACUAACCCAACAUUCGGAGGACCGAGCAGCUAUUUUGUUGUGACGGAUGCAAGUUCAGGAGUUGACCAGCAUUCCAGUAUGAUGCUACUUCCUGGUGGUGCAGGAGAAGGAGCAGUAUGUUCUACGGCACAUGUUGUGGCAACACCACCUCGAUCUCGGGCUGUGGUUUCCAUUGCACCAAAUGUAGCUCGACCCUUCUCACCUGCAUCAGCCAUCAUAAUUUCCUCACCAGUUCAGCCCAUGAUACAGAAUAUGGCAGUCCCACUGUCUGUCUUAGGACAGAACAGUACAGGACAAUUCAGUGUGGUACCCAGUCAGAUGUUGGCUUUGCCUGGUCCGAAUUUGGUGAACCAAUCAGCAAAGGUUGUGCCAAAACCUAAAUCAGUGCCUCAGGACAAUGUGGAAUUGGGCAAAACUGUAAUACCUGUUAGUGGGUCCAACCAAAUCUCAAACAGCUCUCAGGGCUCACAGCAGCUCAACAGCUCUACUGGAGCAAGCCCUAGUACCCGAAGAAUACUUUGCUUUGAUGAGAAAACCAGCCAGACAAGUACAAAUGCGGCUGCUGCUUCUCCUGCUGUGAAGGAGUCCAUAAGGACAAAGCAAACCCACCCUUGCAUUUUAGGCAAGACUGAUGCCAAGAGAAGGGUCGAGACCAUAAGAUUAUCAGAGCCUAGUCAGAGUACAGGAACAAAGGAAUCUGAAAAGACUUCUACACUUCAGCAGCAAAAAGAGGCUACAACACACACACGGACAGAAACAGGGAUUGAGCGAACUGUUAAUUCCAUCACACUCUUAAACAGUGCUGUACAGCAAAAUCCAUCUGUUAGAUUGGAUUCCAAAAAGAGAAUACAGCCCACAUCAAAUACGGGAGGUGAUUCAGCAGCACUAUCGAACCCUGGGCACAGUUUGAAGUCUUCCUCUCAGAGCCUCAGGCCCAAGUCUACCUGCACCACAAAAGACAAAGAGGAAACACAUGAACAGAGACCUGUGAAAACACCCGAGGUGCUCUCUAAGAGCAAUGUCACACAGGACUCACCCAAUGUCACUGCAAACAAGGAGAACGAAGUAGAAGGUGGUUGGCAAGAGCUGCGUCAAGCAGCUGCCCCAAUAUUGUCUACAGUAAGAUCUCCUACACCUGUGUCUCAGGGCGGUUCGGGGAAACCAACAUGCAAAACAAGCCCACUUACCAAGCAAGCAGUGGAGAUGCUACAGGACAUCCAGAGCCAGAGUCCCAUCUCCACGCCACCCAGGAAGAGAGGCUCCUCAGACCUACCGCUUCCAAAAACACCUGUACCAGGUCGUCUCCAGGAGGACGUGGUGGAUGGUUUGAGAACACCCCCAAGGCAUGGGCGUGAAGUAGAGGCCACACCUAAACACCUGGCUCCUCCUGCUACACCUGACCUUCCUACCUGCAGCCCAGCCAGCGAGGCAGGGAGCGAGAACAGCAUCAACAUGGCUGCCCAUACACUUAUGAUCCUGUCUCGUGCAGCCAGAACAGGAGCGCCUUUAAAAGACAGCUUGCGCCAGGAGGAGGCUGGGGUGGCCAAAUCGAGCGCUUCCAAAGGAAAGAAGCGCAAGCACAUUGAACCAAGCCCUAAAGGGAAGAAAGAACCGCACCUCACAAGUUCAUCAGGCAGUAAGAAGAAAGCUAAGAAGCAGAAGAAGCUUCUCGAUUCCUUCCCACAUGACCUAGAUGUCGACAAGUUCCUCUCAUCGCUGCAUUAUGAUGAAUGAGGAAACGGGCAAAAAUUCCAGAAUAAAUGCUGAUGAGGCAGUGAGAGAGAACACCAAGCGAGAACACAACAACGAAAUACUCCUCUUUCUCAUGCUUCAUAUUGAUAUG